AGUAUUCCGGGCAACUUCGCAGCGUUUGUAUCCAGUGCCGUUGAAAUACUCCAACAAAUAUUUACCACAUUUCAAAUCGAAUUUGAAACGGAAAAUAAAUAAUCCAAUAUAAAAUGGCAAAUAUCUUGUGCUUUGUGAUCCUUUCGUUGGCUCUGUGCGCCAGUGUGGCUGUGGCACGACCAGGAUAUGCUCUGGAUUAUUAUGAUCAUCCCAAAUAUGCCUUCAACUAUGGCGUGGCUGAUCACACCACAGGAGAUGUGAAGUCGCAGCAUGAGACCCGCGAUGGCGAUGUCGUCAAGGGCCAAUACUCUUUGGUUGAGCCCGAUGGUUCCAUUCGCACUGUGGACUACACGGCAGACUCCAUUCAUGGCUUCAAUGCUGUGGUGACCAAAUCCGGACCCACAGUCCAUGCCCAGCAGUUGGUGGCCAAGCCAAUUGUCGCCCACAAGCCCAUCAUCAGCCACUAUGAGCCGCAGCAGCAUUACGUGAAUCAUGGCCCCGUGGCCGCUGCACCACUGGUGGUGGCCGCCUCCCCAGCGCCCUAUGUGUCCAAGCAUUACGCCCCGGCGCCCCAGGUGGCACCCAUCCACUACGACUACGAUGAUUACUACAACCAGGGACAGCAGUACGAGUACAUUCCCCAGUACGACUCCGGCAACUACGGACACUACGCGAGUCCCUAUGCGGGCCACUACUAAGAACCCCCACAGGAAGAACACACUCUCUGCGAAAUUACAUCCUAGUUUUGUUAAGCAAAUUUAGUUCUUACUCUUACCACCACCCGCCUGGUUGCUAGUUGUUUCUC